GAGCGAGAGAGAAGUGCGCCUGAGGUUUUCCUUGGCGGAAAGUUCUGAAAUAAAUUGCGCGCGGCGUCGCAGUGCAACGCCAGACGCACCGGACCGAUCGUCUUGUCUGAUACGAAAUUUCCGCAAUUGUUGGCUUUUCGUUCGCCCGAUAAAAUAGUUAUUGUCGCGUGGCCGCUAAUUAGUUGUAACAUUGAACUCGAAUUCGGAGAGAGAGCUUGGCAGCGUGCAGGUCCGAGGCUAGUGCUUCAUUUUCGACUAUUUAUAACGCCAGGUGAUUGAUCAUUCGAACACGAGACUCGUAUGCGCUUUGCUUCGGCAGGCCUUGCAUCGAUUCUUCAUUUUUUGCAGCUAUAGUGAUUUUAAUGAUUUUGAUCGUGACAAGAGUGCUCGCAAUUUGCAAUAUUGACGUGUAUUAUUUGCUUCUCAAAAUGUUUUUGUUUUCGAAUGUGAUUUUAAUGAGUGCAGAUAUUCACAAACGAUAAUCCUUCUACAAUCGAUAAAUCACUAAACAAAGAGAAAGGAAUUUAAAUAAAAUUUGAUAAUAAUCGAAUAAUCGAUAAGUAAAAUCGCUUUCAAGCGUAUCAGUUGGAAGCAUUAAAACUGAACUGAACAAGAAUUGAAAUGAGUUUUAAUUUAAAAAAUCGGAAUACUUUGCUUAUUUUCUAAUUGUUUCGCCAAGUAACAUGAAAAUGAAGCAUGCGAUCGGUAUAUACUUGGCAAUAAAGUGACAUUCAUUGUUUAGAAAUAUGGCAACCCAGAAAGUAAGCUCCGAAAUUUUAUCUGAAAAGGACGUGGUAUUGCAGAGUGUGAAAGAAGGCAACAAUGCAGUAUCGAAAUUUGUCUUCAAGUAUCCACCGCACAUGCGCAAAAAGUGCAGCGACAGAACACUCAAGUACGACGAAGACGGCGAUUUGAUUUUGGAACGUCGCGAGGAGGGAAGCAUCUCGAUCGAACACAGCACGUGCACGGAAUUGAAACUGGUCGGCUUGCAAAUCUGGCGCGGAGCUUUAUUGCUCGGCGAUUACAUUCUAUCGCAGCCGGAACUAUUCCAAAAUAAAGUCGUGCUCGAGCUGGGAUCCGGAGUCGGCUUCGACACUAUUAUCGCUGGCAUGAUCGCCAAGGAAGUCAUUUGCACGGAUGUGGAUCUCGGCGGUAUACUCAAACUAAUAGAGAAGAACAUCGAAAGUAACAAAUCUUGCAUCAAGUGCAAAACAUGCGUGACCGAGUUGAACUUCCUGGACGAUAGUUGGAAUCCUACGAUUAUGGACAAAGUCAAAUCCAUCGACGUGAUUAUGGCAGCCGAUGUGAUAUACGACGAUAAGAUAACAGCCGGAUUCGUGUCGACUUUGGCGCGGCUGUUGAAUUCGACGGACGCGCGACAUCGCGUGGCAUACGUGGCUCUCGAGAAGAGAUACGUGUUCACGAUCGCUGACCUCGAUGCAGUGGCACCUAUGUACGAGGAGUUCCUCAGGUGCAUCGAUCGAGCGGCGCUUGAUUGGAAAAUCGAGGAGCUGAAAUUGGACUUUCCACAGUACUUCAAGUACGACAGGUUAAAACAGUUGGCCUUGUUGAAGAUUGAAAAGCGUUCGUGAUAUGUAUUAACAUUUCCUUUUUACGAAAAUUCACAUUAUUACGCUUAAAAUUCAAUUAUUUUUUAUAUAGUUCUUAUCAGUAUUUCAUUUAGUACAAAAACGUAAAGUUUUAGGAAAAAGUUUCGUUAACAUUUGCAUUAGGAACAAUAUCGAAUAGUUAGAUACUUAAUGUAAUUAAAUAUUAAUAUUUAAGUAACAUCGACUUCGACAUAAACUUCCUUUGAGCUAAAAAAAUGGGGUAAGGAAAGCUACAUUUAAAUUUAGAAUCUGAAAAUAUCGCAGAUAGCACAGGUUAUUCUUGUAUAUCUUCGAAUGUCAAAGAAACAUUUAUCUUUGUACAUAAUUACUAGUAUUAUGU